GUACGCCCUACUUUUCAUGGAAUAAACACUGCCACUAUCGUUGGCCCAACUUUGGAUCACACAACGUUUUGCACGAUGACAUUCUUCUACACUGCGCAAGGAACAAGUCUGCCUGAGUUUUCCGUUAGCGUGCGGACUUCUAAAAUUGGGCCUUGGAAAAGUGUGUGGCGGUCGGUAGAUCCGUCACAGUUCUUCCAUUUUACUCCCGCGCAUGUGCAGUUAAUGCAGCCGAAGCCCUUCCAGGUUGCCUUCAUUGGUAAUUACAGAAAACCUGGAAACGCAGGUUACAUUGCCAUCGACGACGUCACUUUUUCAACAACCUGCACGGCCUACCAAGGAGAACUGCCAGGAGCACCAACGCCAUCGCAACCACCACAGACAGUGUCCUCAAUGCCACCUUCACCUCCACCAACAAUGUCCCCUACGCCACCCCCACCACCACCAUUUGCUUGCGGUGACAAUGAAUACCAGUGUGGCAACAGCGAGCAGUGUAUUUCACUGACUAAAGUUUGUGACUUUAAAGAUGACUGCUCCAACAGUGCUGAUGAAGCUAAUUGUGGUGCAUGCGAAAUUACAAGGGACCUGUGCGGCCUAGAGAACGAAAAUCCCAAUGCGCGCUUUGGGUGGACCUGGAAAGCAGCACAAGAUGCCAUUCACAACCAUAAUUUCCCCGUCACUGACAGCCGUGACAACGAACACGGAUCCUAUGCUACAUAUUCGCUGCUCAAUUCUGAUGUGCCUGUUGGAAGCGGUAGGAACUCAAUGAUCACGCCAAGGCUAGGCCCAAUUGCUCACUCCUGUGUCGUCAGUUUCUACGUUGGUACUGGCAACACAACUUCCUUCGUGAUAUUUGGAGUGUUGCCCCCAUCGGUAAAUGACCCUUCCUCCCGUGACGCCGUCAUCUUAGCAACUGUUUACGCAAGCAGAUCUCAAGACAAAUGGACCUAUGUGUCUGCAAAGACUGGGAACUGGGCAGCAGGAGCUAGGUUUUUCUACCUCGCAGAGGCAGUGGGCGUCAGCGUAGAUCGCCCACAGUACAUCAACUGCCAUCCAGACUCCCAUAUCGAUGGAUCGAAAGCCAAUCAGCUGGUCAGCUGCAAUUUUUCCCGGCCUCAGGACUGCGGCUGGUUCCCUGAGCGUCUGGCGUCUGACAUCGACUGGGUUAUCCAAGCUGAUGGUGCUGCGCUUCCUUCGCAUACGUGGCAGCCUUCAAAGAGCUCCUCAGGCACUGGUUCCUACAUGUACGCCCAGAACACGCUCCCUGCAGUGAAGAAGGCCCACCUUGUGUCAAUGCGGAUGAGCCCCACGCCGGAUGUUGGUCGAUGCUUCACUUUCUGGUACAACAUGUGGCACCCAAAUAGUGGUGAGCUGAACCUCCUCCAGCGUGUUGACAACAUUUCCACCAGCCUUUUGUGGACACGUUCGGGGCCACAGGGCAUGGCUUGGCAGCAGGGGCAAGUGCAGCUCCACUGCGAUGAGCCGCAGCAGCUUGUUUUCGAAGCUGUGCUGAAACCUUACGUACCUGGCGUAAUAGCCAUUGAUCAAUUCAAACUCAAGGAUGGCCCGUGUGAUCCUGGAAAUGUGUGCACAUUUGAUUCGGGCUCAUGUGGCUGGCAGCUUCACAACUGGGAAAUCACAAAGGGAAGCAGCGCCAUCCUGCCUGCAGCAGACCACACCACAUGGGCACCGCCAGGUGCCUUUGCGUUGGUCAUGCCUCCUAGUGGCCGCAUGGUCAGCCCUCAAAACUGGUACGAUGCGACGCAGCAACGCUGCCUCCGAUUCUGGUUCCUUGCUGCCGGUUCUGCAACUGAGACGCUUAAUAUCACUCGAGUGGUUGACCAGGUACAGCAAGAAUCCCUGUGGUUCCACAGGGCAGAUUAUACAACGACAAAGAGCUGGCAAUCUGCUGCUGUGAACUUGACCGUCUCCCAAGGAAACACCAUCACGGUGUUCGAAGGAAUGACCUCUGGAAGUCCGGGCACUGCAGUGGCAAUAGAUGACAUCAGCCUUGGAAACGAGGCGUGCCCUAAACCAGGCAGCUGUUCCUUUGAAGAGGACAUGUGCAACUGGCACAAUAACAAAGGCUUUAGCCACGCGCAGUGGUAUCGUCACAGGGGUCGCACAAUCUUGUCUCCCGGUGGGCCUGAGAGAGAUCACACUAAGGACACCAGUGAUGGAUACUACCUGCUGCUAGAUUCUCAAGACCAGUCUGACAUAUUGAUAGGAAGUUUGCAGAGUGAGGCCCUUGCCUUAGGACCUGUUGUGUGCUUCCAGCUCUACUAUCACAUGAAGAACGGAACGAAUGCAUUACUUAACGUCACCUUCAAUGAUGCAUCUGGCGUGCCGUAUGACCAGCGGACUACUGUCUAUGCCACGGGUCCUGCAGAGUGGACUUGGCUCUCCGUGGAACGCGACAACUUGCCUCGUGUGUUUUCGGUCGUGAUCACAGCCAAUGCUGGAAAGUUUGCUGGUGACGUUGCUAUUGAUGACAUCGACAUGCGCCCGGGCAAGUGUGAAGGUGCACCAGACACAACAACUGCUUCACAAUCAAUGACUACGACAGCAGUACCUCAGGAGCCCUCCACCAUGAGAAAUACAGAAGCGUCCGUCACAGGCACAGAUACUUUCAUUUUUCUUUUAGUUUACUCUCGGAGGCAUGCGAAUCUGAAGCGUCUGUUGAUGUAG